AUGGCUGGAAUGAAAUUUGAGUAUGAUGAAAAUGGUGGUAAAUUUUAUUAUUUUUUUCUAUCAUUUUAUGCAUUAAUACUUAUAUCAACAACUUAUUGGCUAUGGCCGAAAUCAGAAAAAAGAAAAAAUACGCCAUUACAUCCUGAAGAUACAUCGAAUAUUGCUCCAUGUCGUUAUAAACAUCAAUUGUUACAUGCAAAUAAGCCUAAUCCACGACGACGAGCUAUAUUGACCCUUCGAACAAAUAAUGUAAAAAAAAUGACUUUGAUUAUGAAAAAACAAGCAAUACUUGCUUAUCGUGUAUCAUUAAUAGAAAUUGAACAUAAAGAAUAUGAUCCAUUUGCUGUACUUGAUAUUCAUCGAAAAGAAAUUGCUAAAGCUUAUAAAACUUUAACUGAUGAAGAAGCAAAAGAAAAUUGGAAAAAAUAUGGGAAUCCUGAUGGACCAGGAGUUACUCGUUUUGGCAUUGCUUUACCAAAAUGGUUAGUCGAUCAUCAAAAUUCUAUAUUUGUUCUUUUAAUUUAUACUGGCGUAUUUAGGAUUGUACUUCCAGUUAUUGUUUGUGUUUGGUGGCAAAAAUCAGCACGUUAUGCUGAUGAUCAUAUAUUAAUUGAUACUAUUCAUCUUUAUUGGGUAUUUCUUAGUAAAACAUCAUCAAUAAUUAUUAAACGUCCAAUUAUGAUUUUAAGUGUGUCAACAGAAUUUGAUCGUACACGAAAUUCAAUUAUUAUUGAUCGACCAAGUGAUAAUACUGAAUUGCCAAAAUUAUUCAGAGAAUUACCUGAUAUACAAGAAAAAACUAAAGAAAGACCAUUUCAAGCACCAUAUAGUAUAAAAGCACGUACAUUACUUCAUGCACAUCUUCAUCGACUUGAUACAUUAAGUGAUAAUCUUGAAAAAGAUAAACGGUACAUUGUAAGACGAUCGAUAUAUUUAAUUAAUGAAAUGAUUAAUAUUGAAGCACAACUUGUUGCUAUGGGACAUGCUGGACGAUUGAAAAAUGCUCCACGACUUGAUACAAUUGAAAAUACAAUGAAAUUAUCAGCAAUGCUUGUACAAGCAUUAUUAAAUACAAAAAGUCCACUUCUUCAAUUACCACAUAUUACUGAAAAUUAUUUAAGAUUUUUUGAAACUAAAAAACAUACAAUUAAAUCCAUUCGACAAUUUGUUGCAAUGGAUGAUGAACAACGUCGUUCUAUAUUGCAUAGUAUUACAGACGAACAGUAUUAUGAUAUUAUGAAUGUUCUUGCUAUUUAUCCACAUAUAACAAUGAAUGUAACAUAUGGAGUUUUUGAUGAUGAAGAUGAACAUAUAAUAACAACAGGAGCUGUUGUAACAUUAACAGUACAUUUACAUCGUGAAAAUAUGUCAUCUGUAUUUAGUAAAGAAAUGACUACAAAUACAUUUGCUGUUGCUAAUACACUUGAUGAUGAAACAAAUGAAGAACACAUUGAUGAUAAAGAAAAUCGAGAUACGACAAAUGAAACAUUAAAAACAUCAGCUGCGAAUUUGCCAUUAAAUUUACGUCGAAAUCGUGAACAAACGGAAGAAGAUUUAGAUGAAAUUGAUAAUGAAUUAAAUGGCAAUAAUAAUGAUAAUGAUAAUGAUGAAAAUAUAAUUAAUGAUCAGACAUCAUCCAAUAAAACAAAAAUUCAACAUAAUGAUAAUGAAGAAGAUAUAUUUCUUGAAAGAUUUCAAAAACAACAACGUAAAAGAGAAAAGUUAGAAACAAAAGCAAAAAUUAGUCGCCGUGUUUUUUGUCCAUUUUAUCCCGAAAUUGAACAAGAAUGCUGUGCACCUGUUCAUUUGUGUACAUUAAAAGAUGAUGAAGAAAUUGAAGUUAAAUUUUCAGCACCAAAUAUACCUGGUCAUUAUCUUUAUUCAGUUAUUUUAAGAUCUGAUUCAUAUUUGGAUGUUGAUGUUAUGGAAAAUCUUUCGCUUGAUGUUCAAGCAGCUAAAGAAGUUGUUGAUAAUCAUCCACAAUGGGAUUUUAGUGAAAAUGAUGAAAGAAUUAAUAAUAAAGUUGAAGAUAACGAGUUUACCACUGAAAAGCAAACAUAUAUACAUAAUCAAGCAAAACCACCACGUUUUCAUGUUGCAGAAUUUAAUUUUGACCAUGUGUCAGAUGUUUAUGCUAUUACAUUAUGGAUUUUACUUGGUUCAUUGGCUAAAGUUGGGUUUCAUUUAUCACAUCGAUUGACAGAAAAAUUUCCUGAAAGUUGUCUUUUAAUUAUUCUUGGUCUUAUCGUAGGCGGUUUGCUUUAUAUCACACAUUUAGCGGAGCAAAAAGCUUAUGUACUUAAUAGUGAUACAUUUUUCUUAUUUCUUUUACCGCCAAUUAUUCUUGAAGCUGGUUAUUUUAUGCCAAAUCGUCCUUUUUUCGAUAAUCUGGGUACAAUUCUUUUACUUGCUAUUGUUAAUACACUAUUUAAUACAAUAUGUAUUGGCCUUACAUUAUGGGGUUUUUCAUUUACACCACUUUAUGGUGGUACACAAUUUGGAAUGUUACCUUGCUUUGUUUUUGCUGCACUUAUAUCAGCUGUUGAUCCCGUGGCUGUAUUGGCUACAUUUACUGAAAUACAUGUUAAUGAUAUGCUUUAUAUUGUUGUAUUUGGAGAAUCAUUAUUGAAUGAUGCUGUUUCAGUUGUUCUUUAUCGUAUGUUUGAUUCAUUUGCUAAAAUUGGUCAAGAAAAUUUAAUUCCAUUGGAUCUUAUAUUGGGUUUUUUAUCGUUUUUUGUUGUUUCUCUUGGUGGAGUAUUAAUUGGUAUUAUAUUUGGUGUUGUUGCAUGUUUUACAACAAAAUUUACUGAACAUACACCUGUUCUUGAACCACUUAUUAUUCUUGUUUAUGCUUAUUUGGCUUAUCUUACAUCAGAAAUGGUUUCAGUUUCGGGCAUUUUAGCUAUAACAUUUUGUGGUAUGGUUAUGAAACAAUAUGUUUCAUUUAAUAUUUCAAAAAAAUCUGAUGCUACAACAGAAUAUGUUCUUAAAAUGUUAUCAAGUAUUAUGGAAACAAUUAUAUUUAUGUUUAUGGGUUUAUCAACAGUUAGUGAUCAUCAUUCAUGGAAUACAGGCUUUGUCCUUAUUACAUUACUAGCAUGUCUUGUCUUCCGAGUUAUUGGUAUUGCAAUAUUUGCUAAUUUAGCUAAUUGUUGGCGUCUACUUGAAUUAACACGUAUUGAUAUGUUAAUUAUGUCUUAUGGUGGUUUACGUGGUGCUAUUGCAUUUGCUCUUGCUCUUAUUCUUGAUGAAACAAAAAUACCAAGAAAAAAAGAAUUUGUUACAGCAACAAUUGCUGUUGUCUUUUUUACUGUUUUUCUUCAAGGUAUUACUAUUGGUCCACUUGUUAAAUGUCUUAAUGUACGACGAAAACAAAUUGAAGAACCAACAAUGUCAGCUAAAUUAACAAAUCGAAUGAUGGAUCAUGUAAUGACUUGUCUUGAAGAAAUAUCUGGUAGUGGUGGAAGUAAUUCAUUACGUGAUAAAUGUCGAAAUCUUGAUCGAAAUUAUUUUAAACGUUGGUUAUUACGUGAAACACCACAAGAAAAAAUGGAUAUUAAAUUAUUACAAACAUUUAAAAAAAUAAAUAUGCAAUCAGCUAUGAAAGUUCAUGAUACAUCAAAAGGACUUGUACCAACACCAUCAUCAACAACUAUUCAUACAUCACCAUCAGGAGCUAAUUUAAGACCUUCAAGUACAUUUGCAAAUUUUUCACAAUUAUUAGCUGCCAAUUUACCAGAACAAACUGUACCUGAUUUAAUGUUUUUUGAAAGUCAAGGAACUGAACAUUAUCAUGAUGAUGCACAAAUGCAUCAUUUUCUUGAUACAAAUCUUUAUCGUGCAAGACCAAGAGCAACUAUUCAUGUUCGAAGUAAAGAUGAAAUGGCCGAUACAAAUAAUGAAACAAACAAUCGUUUUGAAAAAUCUUAUCAUCACCGUAAUCAUAUAUAUAUACCACCAAGACUUGAUAAGGAACAAUUGCAUGGACGUAAAACUGGUAGAAGUAGUAGUGGUACUAAUCGUUUAACCGGUGCAAAAGCAGCAUCAUCAACUCAAGCUGAUCAUGAUUCACGUUCAUCUAAACAUUCAUUAAUACCAUCAUAUAAACGAGAAAGUUUUAAAUCUACAAAUUCUCCUAAACAACGACAACAACAACAAAAAUCGAAAUCAAGAAGCAAAAGUCCACCACUUUCAUCCGAUCAACCAAUAAAAUCACUAUCUGAAACAAAAGACAUUGAUCAACCAAUUCCUCCUGUCUCAAUUGUUAUUGAAAGUGAAGAUGAUACUGUAAAAAUGGAUGGAGCUACGGCUGCUGAACGAAUUUGUCCCUGGAGACGUUCAUCAUUACCAGAUGGAGAAAAAUUAACAUCUACAUCAUCAAUAGAUGAUCCUUCAAAUACUUCUCAUACAUUUUCAAAUACCAAUGAUCCUAAUCUUCAUUCAGGUCCAUUAACUUCUGCAAAUUUCAGUGGUGCAUAUAAUAAAUCAGCGGAAUAUAUGGGUGAAUUUGCAACAAUAACAAAACCUGAAGAAUAUGUAUCACGACCACAUGUUCGUGAUUUAUUCAAUAAUCAAUUCAGGACUUCAGAUGAAAAACAAGAGAAUAAUUCUGAAACUGCUUCAAAUGAAAGUGUAACUCGCUUGUGA